AUGUCAGCAAGAACAUACAAAUCUGAUAAUGAAGAAUUGCACAUAAUAAGUUUCAAAGGGAAAGCAGUAAAUCAUACUCUGUUAUACGAUGACUAUGGUGACAAUUACGAGAUUACAUUAAAAUAUUACUUUGAAAUUUAA